AACGAAGGAUGCGUCCGUCUUCUGCCGAUGUCUUGAUCGCAAACCAUGAUGACAAGUGCAACCCGACGCUGGUUGCGACUUUCGACUUCGACAAUAAGAAGACGGUGUGGCAAUGGACCCUGGUUGGCCUCCCAUGCGCCCAUCGGAUCGUUGCUCUUUGCCACACAUGGGAUCCGCGGUGUGUUUUGUUUCACGACAACAGCAACAUCGGAUGCCGGAGCAACCGCAAAAACAUUGGCCCGUGAUGCGACGGACUCUUCCGAGGAAAAGAAAAUUUAUUUGCACGUUGGUCCGAGCGGUGAUGGCUGGAUCGGAGACGCCAUAUUUGCAGCAAAACACAACCAGCCAGGCUAUGUCAAGAGCAUUCCCCUGACCAGCAACGAUCUGAUCCGAACCGACGACGACAACGAUAGUGACAACGUCGAAGGAAGUCUCCUCAUAGAGAUCCUGGAGGAGAAUCCGCAUUGGGCGCAAGAAAUCUAUGAUACAGAACGCCUCCCCAAAGCCUUGAAGCAGCAACUGGAAUCGUUUGCAGAAGGCGACACCAGGUCAUAGCAGAACAACGGAACUACGGUAUUUUUUGUUUCGGAAGCUUAAACAUACGCUGUCGAUUUAUGAAAUAAACUGGCGGGAGUAGAAUAGACCACAGUUUCGCGA